AUGAGAGGAGGAGAUGAGAAUGACAGUGAAAGACUAUCCUGUCACAAGAAAUUUAAUGUUCAUGAAACUAGAAUAUACGAGACCCCUUUGAACUUGGAAUUUACAAGCUGGUACACACCUCUGCUAGAUGCCUUACAUCUAGACAGUUUAAUAAAGACAUCAAGACUGAACAAAGAGAAUCUCUCAUGUAUAUCAAACAGAGGCCUUUUUUCAUGUGAAAGAUCAGAAUAUGGAGAAGUGAAAGAUGAACCUUCUUUGGACGUAACUCUCAAAGGAAACAAGUGCUUGGUAGUCUCAGUUGCUGUUCAAACAAUUGCACAUCUUCCUGUUUCCACCACAAUGGAUGAUCUAUGUGUGAAGGAGAACCUUGUUCACCAAUUACCACCUGAGGGUCUGCUACAAGACAGUGAGUAUUCCACACCAGCCCCUGGACACACUUCUUCCAUGAACAGUACUGUAACUUCCGGCUCAAGCCCUGGAUUUUUGACUAUGGCCUCUGAUAAUGUUGAUCCCAAAUCACAUUAUGAAAAAGACGAAACAACACAGCCAGCUCCAAUAAUGAUAGAGCCUGAAGGUAAAAGUUUAGCUAAUGAAAAUACUCCAUGUCACAGCACUAUGGAUGAAAAGAAAACCACAUUAAAUUUGGAAACCAAAGGACCUGAAGCAACUAAAGACUGUAAAGAAGAACCCACUGUAGGAGGAGAAACUGCUGCUUCUACUAGUCCAGUAACCAGUGUUAAAUCAGUCAACUUUAAACAAAAUGACCACAGCAUUUCUACAAAUGAAAAAGAAGUAGAGGCUGAAUUUCUGAGAUUAUCUUUGGGAUUUAAAUGUGACUGGUUUACCUUGGAGAAAAGAGUCAAACUUGAAGAGCGGUCUAGGGAUCUGGCUGAAGAGAAUCUAAAGAAGGAGAUCACUAACUGUUUAAAGUUAUUAAAGUCUUUAAUACCUCUCUGUGAUGAUGAUAACCAAGCCCAGGAAAUCAUUAAGAAGCUGGAGAAGAAUUUAAAAUUUCUUAACCAGUGUACAACAAGAGUUGCUAGCAAGGCAGAGAUGCUGGGAGCCAUUAAUCAGGAAAGCCGAGUCAGUAAGGCAGUGGAAGUGAUGAUUCAGCACGUUGAAAACUUGAAACGAAUGUAUGCCAAAGAACAUGCUGAAUUAGAAGAGCUGAAACAAGUACUCCUUCAGAAUGAAAGGCCGUUUAGCACCCUCGAUGAAGAUGAAGACAAAGAAGAAUCAGAACCACCUACCGAGGAAGUUUUAGAGAAAACAAGAAAACUAAGCCUUUCUGAAAAGAAGAAAAAUCAGUGCAGAUGGGAUAUUUCUUCACUUUAUGACAUAGGAGCAACCUGGGCAUCUGAUCUCAAGACAUCCUUUCGAAAGACAAAUAUAACUCUCUGGAUUUCUAUUGUAUUUAUUGUACUAUUUGCAGCUUUUAUGAGUUUUCUCACAGGCCGAUUUUUCCAAAGGCCUGUAGAUGCUGCUCCUGUAAAAAAUGGGGGCUCCUGGACUUCCCUCCAACAAGCUUUGUGGCCUUAUACCAAACUCCAACACAAUGGUCCCCCACCAGUAUAAUGGCAACAU